CCGCAUCUAGCUAGGUACCUUAUGCGGGGAACUGCCCAAGGGGUUCUCGCAAGCAAGCCGUCUACCUAUAGUACUAUAUGACCUCACGGAGCUAGGAUCCCGACGGCUAUUGGCCACUAAGUCAUUUUCCAGAUAGCCAUCCCAAUUUUGCCGGCCGCUUGCUCCACCCAGCUAGGCUCCGUUUCAUCAACGGGGGCUGGCCCGCGUUGAUCACCCAUAUAUAUACUUUAUGGCGAUAUGCGCCAUCCCACAGGGCGGCUCGCCUCAUAUUCAGGGCACACACACGCGGCAUAGUGCCUAGACAUCCGAUAGUGUAGGAAAGAGAUUACUUUUCCCGGUGGGCCGUAGUGAGGGGAGAUGAUCGGCGGCUUCUGCGCAGGAGUUGGAGGUGGGCGAAGAGGCGGCGUGGGAUAUUUUAAGGCUGGUUGGAUUCCGGAUUGCGUGCUUCUCUCGCGCUCUGUUUUCUUAAGAGUAUCGAACUUUGGGUCUGUCAUAUAUCGAGGCAUCUAGGGAACAGUACUAGACGAUGCAGCUUACUACGAUCUUGGGCCUCUCGGCCUCCCUAUCCGCGCACCUGGCCGCGGCGCAGGGAGCGUCUGGGACGGGACAGACGACGCGCUAUUGGGACUGCUGCAAGCCGAGCUGCGGGUGGACGGAGAAAACGAACAGCGGGAAGCUCAUCGGCACGUGUAGUAAGGAGGACCAGCCGCUGAACGAUAACGGGGCGACGAAGAGCGCGUGCGAUAAUGGCGGCUCGGCGUUCAUGUGUAGUAACCAGAGCCCGUGGGCGGUGAACGAUACUAUGAGUUAUGGAUGGGCUGCUGUUCGCAUCUCUGGACAGACGGAGACGACGUGGUGUUGCGCUUGCUACGAGCUUACGUUUACGAGUGGUGCUGUUAGUGGCAAGAAGAUGAUCGUGCAGGCUAGUAACACGGGUGGUGAUUUGGGGGCUAAUCAUUUUGAUCUUGCGAUCCCCGGCGGCGGCGUAGGCAUCUACAACGCCUGCACGAACCAAUACGGCGCGCCGUCGAACGGGUGGGGAGAGCGGUACGGCGGGGUUACCUCGCGCGAGGCCUGCGACGGCUUCCCCGCCGCCCUUAAGGAGGGCUGCUACUGGCGCUUCGACUGGUUCGGCGGCUCGGACAACCCGGGUGUUACCUUCAAGCAGGUCGCGUGUCCCGCGACGCUGGUCGAGAAGAGCGGCUGCCAGCGGAGUAAUGACGCUAUUGAUGAGACGCCUGUGCCGGAUAAUUUUUAGGGGAAUAAUUAUGGGGGAGGAGGGAUGAGUACAUGUAAUGUAUGGGUGUAGGAAGUUUGGAAAGAGGAGGUUUGGUGUAUAUAGGUUGGCAGGUUAGACAUUGGUUAAGUAUAUACAGAAUCCUAACUCGGUAUCAUUAUUAUUCGGUAUUUUAGAAAUGUGUAUGGAGAGGAGAGAAGAGAUCUAGAAUGGUGAUUAGAAUGACGGAACCUGUGGUAGAGAUGACAUCAUGCUAAAUCGUGGUGGCAGGUACGCCCCUUUUUGUGUAACCAUUUACCUCUUGG